GGCAUAUGAAGGAGAAAGGUCAUUCUUUCAGGUUCUUAAGGGAGCAAAUGGAUUUAUGCAGCUUUGGACAUCAAAGUGGAGCAAAGGGACCAGUACGACCAUCUUUCAGAAAGAGCAGGGUCAAACAACAAUUAGAGAGGAAGUAAAACACAAAGGCGUCAGCAGAUAUAUGGCUGUGGCCUAUUGAAAUGAGCCAUGGCGCUUCUGUUCUCAGACCGCGGCCGUCUCAGCUAUCCUUCUUCCACUCUAACCGUUUCCACCGCCACCCCGACGCCACUCUCCGCCACCAAUUUGCCAGAGCUUCCGUCUCUUCAAUUUGUACCUCCGCCACUCCCCAGCACUCCUCGAAGGAUUCAAAUCCCGAGCGCCAGAAACCCUCAGUUCUCACUUUCCAGCAAGCAAUUCAACGUCUCCAGGUUGAUGCUGGGACUAUGAAUCAUUUGAUCUACCUGAGGUUUCUUUGUCCUAAACUGUGGAAUGCUGAUUUCAUAUGCGUUGCUUCUGAUAUUUUGGAUGUAUGUGCCAACCUGUGUCCUGCUUUUUUAAGAAUAUAAGAUAAGCUAUGACUGAAGUAAUAUGCAAGGGCAAGCUCCGCUUUUGUUGCUAAGACAUGCUAGCCUGUGAAACAGAGGAA